AUGACGGGAGGUGCGCCGGACCACCCUCACUACCCUACAUCUUGAUAACCAACUCCCGUUGCGACCCUUGUGCCCCACACCGGACCACACCGGCCACUAGGAUUACCCUGGCAGUGUUACGUGAGGUGGCAUGUGACAAAGAGAGAAAAAAAAGUGCGGAUGAAUCGAUGAAGUUUUUGAAGGAAUUGUGUGGGGGGUUGUGUAGACGGGCGCGUGGAUUGGUGCAGGAAAGAAAAUGUCAUGCUUGUAAUAUUUUCACACCCUUCUGAAGCGCUUUACGACCCUGGAUCGUGCGUGUGUCACUGCGGACGGCGGCUGGUCCAAGGCCGCCACCAGCGUCUGAUAUAGUUGGACGCAAGUGGCUAUAUGUGAAACUAAAAUAAUCGAUUAAAUAAACGUUGAACACAUCAGCCGCCACCGUCCCCGGAGGGAGGGCCGGCGCCUACCUGCCCUCUGGAACACCUCUGAAAUACCCUGUGAUAACUCCCAAGACGCUCACCACCCACAGGGGAAGCCUCGCCACCAACAGGGGAAGCCUCACCACCCACAGGGGAAGCCUCACCACCCACAAGGAUACCUCACCACCCACAGAGAAGCCUCACCACCCACAGGGAAGCCUCACCACCCACAAGGAAACCUCACCACCCACAAGGAAGCCUCGCCACCCACAGGGGAAGCCUCACCACCCACAAGGAAACCUCACCACCCACAGAGAAGCCUCACCACCCACAGAGAAGCCUCACCACCCAAACACCUAUACAGUGAUCACAAUGCUUGAACCCUGACACCAUCCGUCCACCCUAUCCCCUACUCCCAAACUAACACUGUAAGUUAUGGGCGGGAGUAUUGGUAAGGGAGGUUCAGGGAAGGCCGGGUCCCUGCUCGACGCCCUGCCCUCCCUAAAUGCGCCCUUACAUGUAGUGAUGCUAGGGCUAGACUCGGCCGGCAAGACCACGGCCCUAUACCGCCUCAAGUUCGACCAGUACCUCAACACGGUCCCAACCAUCGGCUUCAACUGCGAGAAAAUAAAAGGCACGUCGGGCAGGUGCAAAGGCACCAGCUUCUUAGUGUGGGACGUGGGGGGCCAGGAGAAGCUCCGUCCGCUCUGGCGGUCCUACACCCGCUGCACCGACGGCAUCGUCUUCGUCGUCGACUCCACCGACACAGAGCGGAUGGACGAGGCCAAGAUGGAGCUCCUCAGGACGGUGCGGACGCCGGAGAACCACCACGUCCCGAUCCUCGUCCUGGCCAACAAGCAGGACCUGCCAGGCGCCAAGGACGCCGCCCAGGUGGAGAAGAGCCUGGGGCUGCGGGAGCUGGGGCCGGCGCAGCUCUUCCACGUGCAGCCGUCGUGCGCCAUCAUCGGUGACGGGCUGGAGGAGGGGCUGGAGUGCCUCUACGACAUGAUCUGCAAGAAGAAGAAGAUCAGCAGAAGCAGUCACAAGGGUAGUAAAAAAAGGUGAUUUUGUGAUGGUAUUAGUUCCCGUAUGUAGCGUGUAAGACCGUAGGAUUAAAUAAAUUUUAUGAGUGAAAGGUUUUA